AUGAAAGUGAAAAAGCCCCGAGGCAUCCGCCAUGACCGGGACUGUGCUCGCUGCAAAGUCCGAGGGGUCAAAUGCGAUCUUAACCGGCCCCGAUGUCAAGCCUGCCUCCAAGGUGGAGAAGCAUGCAACUAUCCACAACGAGUUGUAUGGGUAGAUGAUAAGAAGAAGUCAAAAGCAAAAAGCACUUCACCAAUUUCCAAUGAAGAAGCGCCGAACACUAAAGUUUAUAAGUCAGCAUCUAUCAAUCUCUACGGCUUCAUCGACCUCCUAGAUACUUUCUGUCAACAAAUUCAAUCCAGCAGCCGCGACAUCCCCAAAGAAGGAAUCGAGCUCAUUUCACGCACGCUAAGCUUUGCGCGCUCCCGCAUCCAAGAUGCAAACAACAAAGAAUCCCUCCAGUCACAUUUAAUGGCAUUGACAAACCUAAGCCAGGUCAUCCAGUCCGCACACCCAAUCGCCCUUUUCGGCAUCGCCACUUUCGCCAUGUUCGAAGUAUGCUGCGGGUCCUUUGGCAACUGGCAUUGCCAUCUCCAAGGCGCACGCUCGCUGCUAGAUCUCCACUGCCAACGCAAGGCCGAUUUCGACAACCUCUGUAACGAAAUCUCCGGUCUAGCUGAUGUCCUCGCGUAUCUAGUGUGGUUUGAUGUUACAGGUGCCCUCGUCAGAGAAAGUCCGUUAAUUUUUGAGGACUGGCAUCGCGAAACCCUAUCUCCUGGAUUCUUCGACUCAGUCGGCUGUCCACCAGACACCUUCGAUCUAUUUGUUUAUCUUGCAAAACACCGCGAAGUUAAUGGAAUCAGCACUAUAGACCUUAGUGCCCGAGCAAUGGCCCAGAUCCUCCAGCUCAAUGUAGGCGACUUGACAAAUCGCAAUCUUGCUACGACCGUGUAUAGAGGCGCCGCAGCAAUCAUGGCAUUCAGUCGCGCAGGAAUGACUACUGGCGACGAUCCCGCUGCAUCGAAAUAUCAUUCGAGCGUAGUCUCCUCCAUGGUGGAUCGAGCUUGUCAGGCUAUCGCGGAAAUUCCCACUACAUCGAGAUUCUACGUGCACCUAGCGACCCCCGCAUACCUGACAGGGAUGAAUGCCUCCACAGUACAACAGUGCGAUAUAAUCAGAGGCUACUGGCGUAACUGCCAGUCAUGUGAAUUCCCCCGUUAUCCGGACGCGGAGGCGCAGUGCGAACGAAGGUGGAGGAUAUGCGGUGUGGGGUUUAGCGUCGAUUAG